AUGAAGAAACAGAUUGAGAAGUUCCACGUGGAAUUUCUCUCCGAUAGUAGUAAAGUAGACAUCAAUUUCUAUCCAUCGUUAACACAGUGCUUGAAUUUCGAAUUGAAAAAAUUGGAAGAACAUUUGGAUGACUUGUAUAUGUGCAUUGCAAACGGCUUGUAUAUUUCGAGAAACUGGAGUCCAAAUGUUAAACAUAUCGGUCAUGAUAUGUGGUGGCCGUUUAGUGCCACCUGGCUGUGGAAAUUUCGUCCGAUUGUAUACUAUUCAACUGAUUUGGCUGCCUCGACUCUAACUUGGGUUAGAUUUCUAUCCGAGUUAUUCUCUGCUCAACCAACAUCUCUAUCUCUCACUUUUAACUGUUUCAAUACGGAAGAAAUUGAUAGAAUCAUGGAUUGCCACUGCUUGGUUACAAGUUUUGAAAUUGAUAGUGAUAGCAAUCAAGAAGUAGAUCAAAAACUUGCGCUUUCAAUUCUAGAACGUCAAAAUGCCACGAAAGAGCUAAAGAUAUCUUUGAAACCUACUAACGAGACUUUUCAAUUCGAUCUCAACUCUCUCCGCAACAUUCCAGAGUUUCUAGAAAUUGGAUAUUCGUUUUGGGUCAAGUGGGAACAGGUUCUCGAUCUGAGAUCUAAUGCCAAUUAUAUUCUGAGAUCGAACUUUUCAAAUGUUCAUUUCAAAGACUUGAUUGAGAAAUGGAAGGAUGGCUGGACACCGAAAUGGAAUCGGAUUAUGAUUGAAGCUAACGAAAUUCUGGAUAUCGACUCAUGGAUUAAUGAUCCAGUAAUUAAUAUCGGUCAAGAAGAUUUGGGAAACAUCAGAAGUUUAAUAACUGAAAACCAAAUAAUGCAUGCGUACAAGUUUCAAUUCAAAGUAAGAUUUCCGUAUGGAGCUAUAAUCAAAAACGGAUAUCACAUAACUCGUCAGGACAAAUCGAUUGCAACGGUUACUGUGGAGAAUAAUAAGAUAGGAUGGUUCAUUCUUCAAUCUGCUGAACCUGAUGACGUAUUCAUGGUUUAUUCACAUCUCAGAACUUAUCAGUGUAAUGAUCCACCGGGCGUACCGUCUGUUUCAUAUUACCCCGCUCGAGAGACACCUCUAAUGUAG